AUGGUCGACAUUAACAUCUCAUGUCCGUUUUGUCCCUUUGCAGACUCUGAUGCCGAAUUCGUGUCGCAACAUGUCGAGUACUGUCAUCCAGAGAGCGCAGAUUCUUACUCUCCUGGCCUGGAAAACGCUCUUCAACAGUCGACCUUGGCUGACGACACUGAAAAAUAUGUCGAUUGUCCACAUGGAUGCGGUGAAAUAGUGGCAGCCGCCGAAUUGGACAUCCAUCUCGAUUUGCAUGUUGCAGAAGGAGUGGCUCUAGAUGACAGCGGCAUAGCCUCAACACGCUCUCCUGUGGUUCUUGAAGAGGACUUUGACGACCUUGAUAUGAUGGACUCUUACAAGGGUGGUAAGCGUGGAAUGCAAAGAGAUUCUGCCCGUGUCAACACUUCCAAACCACCACGAGCGCACAGUCCUCCGAGAAUGACCAAUUCAGACGGAAUCAAGAGGCUAGGGCGCUCUGAAUUGGGACCUCACGCCCAUGAGAAGAAAAUGCCAUCGUGGCUCAAAAAGAUGCUAGAGAAAGGCGGCAGUACUUCAAAGCAGACUCAGAUUACGUCCGAUGGAAAACUAGCCCGAAAAGAGGUAACAGAGAACGAAACUGAUCAUCUGAUUCCAGUCCUCGCUCGCCUCUGUGAGCAGGACAAGACUGUCCAACGAGCCUUCUUCUGUAGCCCGAAGGUCCGCCAUAUCUGCAAGCUGCGCCGAGAAGGUGGAUUUUGCGGAUAUCGCAAUAUACAGAUGCUUGUCUCGUGGCUGAAAAAGACACGCAGCUUUGGUCACGAACAUUUUCCGGAUAAAGGGCCGUCAAUUCUCCAAUUACAGGACAUGAUCGAGUCGGCCUGGGAUAUGGGAUUCAAUAGUUCCGGCAGAGCUGAGACAGGUGGUAUCAAAGACACACGCAAAUUCAUUGGAACACCUGAGGCACAAGCUCUCUUCAUGAGUCUAGGAAUUCCGUGUAAAGCCAGUUGUCUCCUCGAAACGAGUGAUCAACGAGCCUGCGAUGCUCUUUACAAGCAUGUCGCAAACUAUCUCCGAUCAGCCUCGCCGGAAGACGAUGCUAAGGUUGUCCAGACCGAUCUUCCCCCAAUUUACUUCCAACAUGAUGGCCACUCAAUGACAAUCAUUGGGUUCGAAAUUCGGGACAAUGGCAGUGCAAAUCUGCUAGUGUUCGAUCCCAUGUUCAAAACCGCCCCUGCGAUGGAACGUCUGAUAGCAAACUCUCAGAAUCCAUCUGAUCCUACCCGCGUUCUCAAGGCGUAUCGUCGUGGAACACCGCAUCUGCAAAAGUUUAAAAUCUUCGAACUGCUUGAGCUUUCCGUCACCCCUAAGGCUACUGCAUAG